UCCUAGCGAGUUCCGAAUUCUGAAAUUUUCGUCAAAAAAAUUAUUUUCAUUUAUCAUUAACAUUUGCAGAAUUUCAGGGCUUAUAUUGCCGAUAAAUUUCAUUUUGAAAUUUAACUUCUUCUGUGAUAUUUUCGUGAGAGCCAUGGCCGAUUCACAAGCAAAUGAUAAUACUACUUGUGUAGUAUGUUUUAAAACUGUCGUAUAUUUCUCUAUUGGGGAGUGUGAUCAUCCCGUAUGCUUCGAGUGUUCAACCCGUAUGAGAGUGCUGUGUUUGCAAAAUGAAUGCCCUAUCUGUCGUCAAGAUCUUGCGAAGGUCAUUUUUACAGACACCAUCAAGCUCUUUAAAGAAGUCUGCAAUAAGGUGUUUAUAGAUAAACUCUUUGAAAGACAGUUUAAAAUAGGCUUUUGUAGUGAAGAGAUAAAGAAGGCUUAUGAAGAAUUACUGGAGAAUAAUUGUAAGCUCUGUGACAAUGUGCACUUUCGCACAUUCAAUAUGCUGAGUGAUCAUAUGCGAAAGGUGCAUGAAAGAUAUUUCUGUGACCUCUGCGUAAAACAUUUGAGGAUUUUUACUAGUGAAAGAAAGUGCUACACUCGUCAGGAGUUAGCCCACCACAGACGGAAAGGAGAUGUUGAUGACACCUCUCAUAGAGGCCACCCACUCUGUGAAUUCUGUGAGGAGCGGUUUAUGGAUGCAGAUGAAUUAUAUCGUCAUUUGCGUAAAGAACAUCUCUAUUGUCAUCUCUGUGAUGUUGAUGGACGUAAUCUAUACUAUGCUUCACAUGCAGCUCUGGCACAUCACUUUAGGACUGAACAUUUUCUAUGUGAGGAGGGUGAUUGUGCUGGACAACAUCUUACCGCUGUGUUUAGGAGUGAAAUUGAUCUCAAGGCUCACAAGGCAACAGUUCAUGGACGCGGAAUGAAUCGUGGUGCGGCUCGACAGGCUCGUACUCUUGAGCUGCAAUUCAAUAUCACGCCCCAUCCUACCGCAGUAGUACAACGAGUUACUAGAGAGCGUAUAGAACGUUCACCGUCCCCGCCUCCAGCGGCUCCAGCACCUAGAAUUGACCCAGCCAGCGACGAACAGUUUCCACGAUUGUCUGCUGCUGCGCCAGCCCCGCCUAACCUAUUAGGUGCUCCUUCGAGGCUCUAUAAAGGUGCGGAUGGGCUGGCUCGGACGGAGCGAAAUUUCCCAGCAUUGGACGGAUCUGGAACAUCACGUGCGCCCGUAUCUAAAAGUAACGGGCCGGUAGCCGCUACUGUACUCAGAAAUUCAAAGCAACCGUCAGUGUCCAUACAAGUGCAUAGUCAACCGGCAAGCGCUAGCAACUUCAGGUUGACUCAGACUUCAGGUAAUCGUAUUACAAUACCAAAGAAGCCGCUCUGUGAUGAAGACUUUCCUUCACUCUCCGUCCCUAGGGAUGAUCAUCCAAGUAUUGGUGCUGGAACCGUCCAACCUGCUAAGGUUACUCUUAUAAAUAGUGAGGAAAUGCAGUCCAUGAAGGCCACAAAACCAAGUAGACAACCGAAGAAACAGUCUUUAAAUACCGAAGCGUUUCCAGCUCUACCAUCAUCUUCGGCACCCACUUCUCCUCCACAAUGGAUCACCGUAUCCAAAUCGAAAGAAAAACCUAAACGUGUUCCAGAACCAGUGAAAACUUUCAAUCCUGUAGCUGAUUUCCCUACCCUCAACGCGAAGUCUAAAAAGAAAACUCCCACCCAACCCGUUCCGACACAAAAUGACAAAAAGAAGAAGAAAAAGAAGGAAAUAGAACCAGUCAACGGUGUACCAGACGAAUUUAUAAUUGCCAGUGUUAAUAAUAAUAACAAUAGCGGUGAAGGUGAUAAAAAAAUUAAGACAACAGUCGAACCGGAUAGAAAAGUGAUAGUUGAUAAAAAAGAAAAAGCGACAGAUUCUCGAAGCGGAGACUUCGCACUAAAGGCGCAGGAGUUUCCCUCGUUAAAUCCAAAAGAACCAAGUGUUAAUAAAAGUGUUAAAGUGAAUGUGCCGAUAAGUAAAGUGGUUAGUAAAGUGAAUGGAGUGCCCCCAGGAUUCAAGAAGCGUCAGGCGUGUGAUAUGACGUUUACGAAUUCGUCUGGUCAAACAUUUCCGGCGCCGGUGCACAAGUACAUACCGCCUUUGGAUUUUGAGAACAGAAACAGGGCUCUGGUCAAGAAUUUCGCCGCUGCACUUGGUACAGCUGCGGCGGUGGAGGAUUUUAAGGUUGCAUCAAGAGCGUUCCGCGAUAGCAUUACAAGUGCCGAAGAGUUCUAUGAGCAUUGUAAAAUAGCUUUGGGGAACAAAUUGGAGGAUUUGCUCCCAGAAUUAGUUGCCCUAUUGCCAGAUAUUGGUAAGCAGCAAGAAAUAAUCGUGGGAAAAAGUAUUCCGUCUCUUGACGUUUGCUCGACUUGUGGUCAAGUUAUCGCACGGGCUGAUUCUAUUGCUCACGAUACAGCGCAUUGGCCGCCAUUGGCCCCUCGUUAAAUUAAUUAUAGUCACUGACCCAAUUGAAAUUUUUGACUGAUUUUUUUCGAACGAAAACCCGGUUGUUUAAUGUGGUGACAAGUAGUUAAAAAUUUAUAUGCAGACGCUAUAAUAGAUCACAACAGCACUGACACUUGACCAUGACAAUUUGCAUAAUUUUCACAUAACAUUUGUUACCCGAAUUUAAUAAUUUUAACAUACAAAUAUUGCGUAUUUCAAUAUAUAUUAAAAAUACGUAUAGUUUCAAAUAACUUGGAUUAACAGCGACGUGAAGAAAAUCAUUGUUACGUACCACCAAUAAUUAAUUUUCAUAAUUAAGCAUUUUUCUUUUCAAUAUUACCAUAUAUUACCGAUAAAAAAUGUUAUUUCUUUAUUUUUUUCUAAGUAUAUGUAUUUGUCUCACGUAAUCCUAUAAGUCGGAUAUGUGGCUAAUAGAAAGAAACCGAUGCGCCUUCGUUGACUCCCUUCUUAAUCAAUAUGAAUACAGCUUUUGCCUUGUGAACAUCUUAAAAAUCCUAUGAGAGCUUGAUAAUACUUUUAAAUCUGCUUGUACACGAUAUUUUAUGAAAGUGUUUAUUUUGUUAGUUAUUAAGAAGGUAGAACAAAUAUUUUGAAAAUCUUAAGUAUAGGCAUGUAAAGCCAUAAGAAAGUGAAAGACAAAAUAAUUUAUUCAUAUAGGUAGCACAAGGUACACUUAUGGACGUCAAAAAAUAAAAACAUAAUAAAUGCUUCUAAUUUUACAUUUACUGCCAGUACUCAAAUUAUGGGCGUAGAAUGGCAGAGAAGAACUAGCAAUAAACUCUCCACUCUUUUUAAUCUCGAAGUUUUUUGUUUAACACAAUGUUUGUAAGGUACACCAUGUUCCACAUGACUUCUCACACACACAUUUUCAUGGGAACAACAAGAACGGCUUAUAUAUAAUGUACAGUCUUUUUUUAAGUUUUGUAUGAUUCAAAUAGAUUUAAAAGUAGUAUUUUAGAGGGGACCCAUCGAGAGGAGUGUUGACCUUGUAGCUUCAGCGUGCGACACUUAUCCCUGAGGCAUCAAUGAACUGUCAUUUUAUGUGCGCAUUUAACUUUCAUUCAAACGGUGAAGGAACCUACACUGGCUGAUUACCUACUUGCCCAUUACACAGAUACCUUCAUCAAAAACCUUUUUACUACAGUAUCAGUGUAGUAGUGCAUCGAUGCGUUCAAGUGAAUGGUGCACAGCCAGACCGUAAUUUGGGUUGCGUUGCAUCACAGGUCGAAAUUUUUAUUGCUACUGGACAGUAGGAAUAUUCUUAAAUUUUCUAAAUAAAAAUAAAUUUAUUUGAUGUGUAAAAUCACCCAAAUUCAAAUUGUGUAACAUUGGUCAGAUGCUUUGAUAAUUUUCAAUUAAAAAUUUUAAAGAAAUAGUAAAAUUGUAUUUGUAUAGAUAUUUGUAAGUGCUUGUAGGGUCAGUGGCUUGUGUUCAAAUUCGGAUAUUUAUUGGAAGAUUUAGGCUUGCUUACGCUAAAAUCUUUCCAUUUCUAACAUUAAGAUAGUUUUGAAUUUUUUAUUUUUGUUAUUGUACCAUAUUUGUCGCAUAUAACUCUAUAAGUAGAAAUGUAUAUAAGGAUCGCAGUUAUAAGAUGAAUGUGAUCACUACAAAUGUAGAAUAUUGUUUAAAUUAACUAUUUUUAUAACUUUGGAACUUAAUUUCGUUUUAGUUGUAUCGGUAUCAUGAAAAUGAUUGACAAGUUUAAUAAAACAAGCAAGCAUA